UUCACAACCACACACUGGAAGAGCUCGUGGACCAUUGAACUGUAGUAUUAGCCUGCAGUAUAGAACCUACCUCAUAACCCGUAGACACACACCAGAAGGGCUCAUGAGCGAGACAAAGAAGAUCGUCCUCCCCGUCGAGGGCGAGCGCAAUGUGCUCAUCACGAGUGCGCUUCCCUACGUCAACAACGUCCCCCACCUGGGCAACAUCAUUGGCAGUGUGCUGUCCGCCGAUGUGUUUGCGCGUUUCUCCCGCGCGCGCGGCUACAACACCCUCUACGUCUGCGGCACCGACGAGUACGGCACGGCGACCGAGACUAAGGCGAUCGAGGAGAAGAUUACACCGCAGCAGCUCUGCGACAAGUACUACGCGCUCCACUCGGACGUCUACCAGUGGUUCAACAUCAGCUUCGACCACUUCGGCCGCACACCCACGCAGCACCAGACAGACAUUGCGCAAGACAUCUUCACAAAACUGCACAAGAACGGCUAUCUCGAGGAGCAGACCACAACGCAGCCGUACUGCGAGACACACAAGAGCUUCUUGGCGGACCGAUUCGUCGAGGGCACCUGUCCGCUGUGCAACUACGACGACGCGCGAGGAGACCAGUGCGACAAAUGCGGUCACCUGCUCGACCCGCUUGAGUUGAAGAACCCACGCUGCAAGCUCGACGGCGCGACGCCAGUUCCCCGCGAGACGAGGCACGUCUAUCUCUGUCUGGACAAGCUGCAGCCGCUGGAGGAGGAGUGGUUCAAGAAGUCGAGUACAGAGGGCAACUGGAGCUCCAACGGUGUGCAGAUCACAGCGUCAUGGCUCAAGGAGGGCCUGCGCCCGCGAGGUAUCACCCGCGACCUGAAGUGGGGAACUGCAGUGCCCCUGGAGGGCUACGAGGACAAGGUCAUGUACGUGUGGUUCGACGCCUGCAUUGGCUACGUCUCCAUCACAGCAAACUACACAGACGAGUGGGAGAAGUGGUGGAAGAACCCCGAGAACGUCAAGCUGUACCAGUUCAUGGGCAAGGACAACGUGCCCUUCCACACUGUCGUCUUCCCCUGCUCGCAGAUCGGCACAAAGGACAAGUGGACCAUGCUGAACACCAUCUCGACAACCGAGUACCUGAACUACGAGAAGGGCAAGUUCUCCAAGUCGAGAAACAUCGGUGUCUUCGGCAACAACGCAAAGGAGACUGGCGUCCCUGCCGACGUAUGGCGCUACUAUCUCCUCUCGCAUCGACCGGAAACCGGCGAUUCGGAGUUCGAGUGGGACAGCUUCAUUGCAGGAAACAACAAUGAGCUGUUGAAGAACCUGGGCAACUUCGUGAACCGUGUCGUCAAGUUUGUCAACUCCAAGAUCUACGAUUCGGUCGUUCCCGAUUACACAAAGUUCGAAGACGACUACUUCGUCGAGCACAAGAAGAAGGUCAAUGACCUGCUAAAGAGGUAUAUCGAGGAGCUUGAGGAUGUCAAGAUCCGCGCGGCACUGAGCACAGCGCUGCACCUGUCCAGCUUGGGUAACCAGCUGCUGCAAGACAACAGACUCGACAACAAUCUUGCCACAACAGAGCCCGAACGUUGUGCUGCGGUCGUAGGCCUGGCACUGAGCCACAUCCACCUCCUGGCUAGCUUGAUCGAGCCAUACAUGCCCGAUACAACCAAGAACAUCCUCAACCAGCUUAACGCCGAGUUCCUCAUCAUCCCUGACAACUGGGAGGCCAAGUCGCUUCCCGUCGGCCACAAGAUCGGCAAGGCCGCCUACCUGUUCUCGCAGAUCAAGCCCGAGAAGGAGCAAGAGUGGCGCGAGCAGUUCGGUGGCGCCGAGGCUCGCAAGGCCAAGGAGGAAAAGGCCCGGAAGGCUGCCGCAAAGAAGGCCGACAAGGAGAGGAAGAAGGCGAAGAAGGCUGCUGGCAAGGCCGAGGGUGUCGAGGCUGCCGAGAAGGGUAAGGACGGUCCAGCGGAUAAGAAGGCCGAGGAGGCGAUCUCGAGCGGUGUCGAGCAGGUCAGUCUCCAGACGUCGUAGUCAAUUCUGGUUUGGGUGCUUUGGACGGCGCAGUAUUGGGGGAUAUGGUGUUGGUGGGUGACAAAAUUCUGCAUAGCGAGACAGCUGCUGUUUGCAAAGACGGCAGCGAAGAAGGCAGCGAGAAGCGCAGUGACAAGUAGAUCGCGCGCAUUGUGUUAGUAGAAAUUCAACAUGAAUCUCCAAGUCCGCGGCGCCCGUGCUUCUCGAUGUUCUCGCCUUAGGACUAUAGCAACUCGCGGGCGC